GGUUUCCUGUACAAUUCUUCUUUGUGUAGAGGAGAUCUGGAAAAUAGCGAACUAGUUCGCUACAAUUCCCCCUCGUAUAUAUAUAUAUAGAGGAGAUCUGGAAAUGGCGAACUAGUUCGCUACAAUUUGACACGUCGUAUAUUAUAGACUAAUACAAGGAGAUGGCUACAAAUUUCGACGCUUAUAUAUAAGCGUUGAAGAUCGCUAUAUUUGCCAUCUUAUUAUUUCCCGUCAAAUAAACUGCAGCUGCACCGGUAGACAGGAAUAACCGUCGUUUCUGGGGAUUUAUUCAACAAUUUCUGACAUUUUACUGUCAGUGAGCCAACGCAGUUCAGCGGAACAACCAAAAUACAGAGACUGAAGCUUUUGGUCUACUGCACCGGUAGCGUACCGGUAAAGUUAAAAUCAUUGACAAUGUCAGUGGGCACUCUAAGCACCAAGGCUAUUAAUUCCUGUGUUAAAAAAAACUUUCGGGGGCCCCUAGGCCUAACCCUUCCAUCGUGUACCCCCAGUGCAAUAUCAGCAGAGUUCACAAAAAUCUCUUGCCAUCCAUGGUUCACCAACAAGUUCGUCAUUAUGAUGAUUUUGAUACAGAAUUUGAGCAGAUGAAGACACAACAGGUUUCAGACCAAGAGAUUCCUCCAGCCAAAGACUCUACAGUUUAUGAAAUCAUGAACUUCAAGGUCCAAGGGUAUGACUGUACAUUGGUUGAACACUUCGCUCAGUAUGCCCAUAACCUAGCCAAGAACAUGGAACUCAAUAUCUUUGAGAGCUAUGCUAUGCCCACCAAGUCAACGCUGAUACAUACAAUACAAAAACCUGGUACACCUGAGAAAGAGAAAGUUAGAGACUUCACUUUACACACACACGAAAGAGUUAUACAGAUUCAAGAUCUUCCAAGCACCACAGCACCUCUCUUCACUGAAAUGCUUCAGCUAAAUCUACCUGAGGGUGUACAAAUGAAGAUAGAACCACACACUCAAGAACACUUCAAGGAGCGCUACAUCAGGAAGGAGAUCCCAGACUCGUUAUUAUGAAGAUCUAUCAAGUAUAGUGUAGCAUUAAAGACUAUCAUCUUGUGUAGCAAUUUAUUGUGGCCUUGGAAAGAUAGACAUGAAACAGGAUAUGGAUAUGGUGCAGUAUGUAUAAAGAGAGUGAUCAGUAUUCUAGAUGAUGCUACUUCAUGUGGCAGACCUGACCACCUGACCCGAUCACCUAGCCUGAUCAUGUGACCUUGUGACCUGAUCAAAUCUUGAUUUGGCAGAAAGUACAGCCAUGUUUUAAGCUUAACAACGGUUGUGUUCAGAUGAUGGAUUUCACAUUUGCUUUCCAUAUCCCCCAUUGAUUUGUUGAAAUUGGAGGAUUUAGCAAUUUAUUACUGAAAUUCUUGAAUGAAAUUGAAAUGUUGAAAUACAUUGAUGAUGUCAUCAAGAUAACGGAAAGUAAAAAUCACAGGAAACAAUUUUUUUGGGGGGAUAUUCUUCUGCAUAGUAAAGGCAAAAUAAUUGAACAUAUUAUGUUGGGUCAUUUAUCAACCAUGACAAAUGUAUUGAAAUAGUAAAUCUAUCCAAUAUCAUCAUACAAAUCUGAAAAAGGAAAUUUCAAAUAUGUGGUACUCAAAUCAUCUCCAUUAGGCGACUAUUGCUACAGUUAAAAACUUUUAAGAUUUCAAAAUUCCCUUUACAUGUUACUACCUUUACCUCAGUUAUGAAUCAACAUGUAUGGAAGUGUAAGGCACUUAUGUACUAGUGCAGUUAUUGUAAAUGUUAUUGACAAUAUGCAUUAUGAUGAGCUUCUAUUAUUUGAAUAACAAUGAUUACUAUUGGAAUUGCUUUACUGUCUUUACCUUGUCCAUGUGAAAUAAUUUAAUAUUUUGAAAAUCAGUCUAUUAAAGUACAAAUAAAGAUGUGGGUGAAUUGAGUGAUUAGAAA